AUGCCGACGAAGCUCGUGUUGAAGAGGGAUCACAGCAUCUGUCUGGAAACCCUGUAUGAGGACGGCGAAGUGCUGGCCGUGGCCAAGCCGUUUGGUGUACUUGCGCACCCGUCCCCGGGCUAUUGGGAGAAAGGCACCAUAGCGCAUGCUGUGGUGGACACGGUGCCAGCCGAGAUGCUUGAAGAGAGGGGCAACCACAACGAAUAUGAUAGCUUCAUCCCGCGCUGCAUCGUGCAUCGACUGGACGCGGGUACGACAGGUGUGAUGGUUGUGGCCAAGAGUGUCGCCUCUGAGAAGCACCUGGCCCAGCAAUUCAGAGCUGCUGACUUGAUGUAUCAGGCCCCCAAGGGUAAGAAGCUGUACGUAUCCCUUCUGUUGGGCAACCCGGCUGGGACUCAGCACAAUCGUGACAUAACUGUAACCGAGAGCAUCGGUCGCCAUCCCAAGAAUGGCCGACUCUGGGCAGUUGUCCCAGAUGGAAAGCCUGCGAAGACCCUCAUCCGCGUGCACGCCUUCAGCAAGAAGCAUGCGCUUUCUCUGGUGACAGCUGAGCUGUUCACUGGCCGCACACAUCAGAUCCGGGUUCAUUGCUCUCACUUGGAGGCGCCUGUAGCCAAUGACAGUCUUUACGCACCAGCAGCCAAGAACAAGCCCUUCCAGCAGUCGUUAGGGCGAGCGCUGCCCAAAGGACGCCAGCUCCUACAUGCGUGGGCGCUGGACUUGGAGCACCCAAGACAGCAGCGGAGCUUGAGCCUUCGAGCACCGCUUCCUGCAGACAUGGCUGGAAUUGUGGAGAAAGUUUGGCCGGGCCUGGCAUUGGAUCCGGCAUCCUGGCCUGGGAUGCCAGCGAGAUGGCAGUCAGAUGUCUUUGGUGCCCCUUUGAAGGUGGCAGCUCCUGGUGAGCUGGAGACCGAGCUGACAGAGCUGGAGAGGCGCUGGUUGGAGUGGUGGGAGUCUUCGGAGGAGGGCCGGCAAUGGGCGCACGAAAGGGACCUCUGGGAAGAGGAGCAGCGCAAGCGCAGAAGGAAAGACGCGAUUGGUUUUGGGGUUCAGAAGGGUUGA